GCACCCCAGGCUGUUGCUAGGCAGCAGAAAGACCCAAUGAUCUGUCCUGGGGCACUGGCCUCCUAAAGCACAGUACCUGUGUUAACAGAUGUGCGGCAGGUGCUAACCUUCUGUGUCAUAAUGCCCUGUUUCCUGGAUACCAAUACAGCAGCAAGAUUAAGAAAAACAAGAUCUUUCCUGAAAUGAAAAGAUGGGUUUUAUAAACGAAUAAAGGUGGAAAACACAUUCCCUCACUCCUCUGCCCUCCUGGGCUGUAGCAUCGCACUUCAAAGCACUGAGGGUCCCAGAGAUCCCACCAGAGGCCAGCCUCUAAACACACAGGCCACCAAGAAAUACAUUGCCGAGCUGCUGCUGCUGGGGAUCACGCUCUGUACCCCUGCCAGACCGAUGCCUGCCACAGCCGUCACCCAUCGCUGACAGCCGCAGGCAGGUCUAUGCCAAGCUACGGCACCGCAGGAUGCUCUGGGGAUGCUGCUAACAGGCAGGCCAGUAUCAUACCAGCUCUGUUCUGUUUCAUAUGGUGAGAUGGAUGACUGGGACAACAGUGACGAAUUCAUUCAGCGUCUGGACUUUUCCAGCUGUGGUGAAGAGAGUGAAGACAGAAGUAUAAAUGAGGAGGACAGCCUGAGCUCCAGCCCCUCCAGGAGCUGCGAGCUCCUGAACUGUCAAGGGAGCAGCCCUCUGCCAGCAACCCCUCCGAAGAAGCUUAGUGACAUCCUCCUGAACAGGACAAAAGCCUGGAUGAGUCCUACCGUGGUGCAUUCCCCAGUCACGUGCAAGAGGCUGGGUGAUGCUGAGACACCACUGCACAUCACCUGGAAAAAGCUGCAGCUCUGUGACACCCCGCACACUCCCAAGAGCCUGUUAUCGAAGACAGCUUUUCCUUCAUCUGGGACAAAGGUCCCACACAAAGGCUUCCGACAUCUGAGAUUUACUCCUGGUGCUGAACUGGAUGACUCUACCCAAGCACCUCUUGUCAACAUUAACCCCUUUACACCAGAGUCGUAUCGACAAAUGCUCUUUCUUCCUAAUGCCAAGCAGAAGACCAGAGGAGAGCUGAGGGAUCCUGUUCCAAGAAGUAAAACAAAACGGGAGCUACCUACACUGAGAUACCCUCUGAAAGAGAGCAACAUGGUUUCCCGUUACAAGAAGGAGUUCCUGGAGCUAGAAAGAAUUGGUGUGGGGGAAUUUGGCUCUGUCUACAAGUGCAUCAAACGCCUUGAUGGAUGUGUUUAUGCCAUCAAACGCUCCAAAAGGCCUCUGGCAGGAUCCUCUGAUGAGCACGUGGCACUGCGCGAGGUUUAUGCUCAUGCUGUCCUUGGACACCACCCCCAUGUUGUACGCUACUACUCGGCAUGGGCAGAGGAUGACCACAUGAUCAUCCAAAAUGAGUACUGUGAUGGUGGGAGUCUCCAGGAUGUGCUGCUGGAAAAUGCAAAGCUUGGCCACUAUUUCUCAGAAACAGAGCUGAAAGAAAUAUUGUUACAAGUCUCCAUGGGGCUAAAAUACAUCCACAACUCUGGCCUUGUGCACCUGGAUAUCAAACCCAGUAAUAUCUUCAUCUGUCACAAGCCGGCAGUUUUGAGCCCAGCUGGGCAGGAUGAGAGCGACAGUGAAGAUGAAUUCUCUUCUAGUGUGGUGUAUAAGAUUGGUGACCUUGGUCAUGUGACAUCAGUAACAAACCCCCAGGUGGAGGAAGGAGACAGACGGUUUUUGGCUAAUGAGAUUUUGCAAGAGCAAUACUGCUGUUUGCCGAAGGCAGACAUCUUUGCCUUGGCACUCACAGUAGCACUAGCAGCUGGCACAGCACCACUGCCUCACAACGGGGCCAUGUGGCACCAUAUCCGCAAAGGCAAUAUCCCACCGAUCCCCCAGAAGCUUCCUCAACACUUUCUGGAACUACUCAAGCUCAUGAUCCAUCCCGACCCAGUGGAAAGACCUUCUGCCAUGGCUCUUACUAAACAUCCGGUUCUCCGUCCUUCACGUGGAAAAGCAGUGCAGCUCCAGAAGCAGCUAAACGUGGAGAAGUGCAAGACUGCCAUGCUGGAAAGGGAACUUAAAGCAGCCCGCCUUGCCCAGACCCUCAUGAAGGACCAGCCCUUAGGAAGUGUCAAGUUGCAGCAGUCUGAAACCUCUCCUAAGCACAACAAGCGCCUGGUGGGAGGGAAGAGCUGUCGCUCAUUUAGCUUUACUUUGGGUUACUGAACUUGUGUUGUCCAAAAAGCUCUGAAUGGCUGCUGAAUGGCUCUGUGAAAGCAGAGGGUAUGCACAGACCAAUGCCCCAUAUUAGCUCUCCCUGUUGUGGUUUUUGGUUCCCUCAUUAGUUACCAUGAAACGUUGGCUGAGGGAAGAAUGACUAGUUUACAAGUGUCAGAUCAUGAGAUAAAUUAUUGUCCUCUCUAUCUUAUCUAAUUUCUUGUGUAAUUGGUCUUCUUCUAGACUAAGAAUACCUUUGCUGUACAAGGAAAAGGAUGGCAUUUCCUCUACUCAUUUCCCUCUUUAGUUGGGGCCUGUUACUUAUGUUUUUUGUAGUCUUAAUGCUCUGGCCACCUGUGUAUCUUUAGAGGGGAGAUAGUGGCUGUACAUGAAGACAGCAUCCACACUGGGUCCUCCUAGGAGUGAGGAGCUAGAGACUAUGAUAGACAGUUCUAACUACACAUCAGGAGACAGACU